AUGGCGGAGGAGAUUUCAGCCAAUGGCUUCGCGCAAGACCGCGCCGAGCCGCCUCUCGGGGAAGACGGAUCGGGGUCCGUUAUGUCGCCGACGUCAGGCGCGGCUCGGCCCACGAACUUGGCCUCCUUAUUCGGCGACGAUAAAGACCCGCAGCCCAUGUGGCUGGAUAAGUCAGCGUUCCUGGACCCGUCGUUCGACCCCGACGCGUACAUAGCGACGGUGAGGCGCAUAGCGCCGUUGGAGUCGGUGCGCGCGGAGCUGCGGGAGCACCUGGCGGCGCUCAAGAGCGAGCUGGUGGAGCUCAUCAACCGCGACUACAACGACUUCGUCAACCUCUCCACCAAGCUCGUGGACGUGGACGGGGCGGUGCUGCGCAUGAGGGUACCCCUCACGGAGCUGAGGGCGCAACUCCUAGCAGUGCGCAGCAGCGUGGCAGCGGCGCCAGCAGCACUAGAAGACGGGCUGGCGCGCAGGGCAGAGGCGGCGACAGCGCGGCAAAUACUAGAACUCCUGCUAGACACCUCCAACGUCCUCUCCAAGGUCGAGAAGCUGCUGCUCGAACUGCACGCCAUGCCUGACGCUCCUCCCCCACCACCCUCCUCUGCCUCCGCCUCCUCCUCCACCUCCUCCUCUUCCGCGUCUGCCUCUGCUUCCGCCUCCGCCCCGCCCACUGCAUCUGCGUCCCCAGCCAAAAGACCUCCGGUUUCUCUCUCUGCAGCAGCAGCGAGGAAUGGUCCUGUUAAGGGUGGGGAGGGGGAGGGGAGUGCAGGGGAGGAGGGGGGGGAUGCGGGGGCGGGGGUGGGGGCGGGGAGGGAUGCGGAGAGGGAGUUGGAGGAGGCGCGGAGUCGGUUGUUAGAGCGGAUUGCAAGUGAGAUGAACCGGCUCAACUUCUACGUGGCCAAGGGGAAGGAUCUUCCAUUCGUGCGGUCAGUGGAGGGGCGCAUCCGGCAGGCCAGCAGCACGCUGGCAGCGCACCUGCGGCGGUGCCUGGAGCGCGGGCUGCACCAGCGGUGGCGCCGCGUGGUGUACCACUGCCUGCGCGCCUUCGCCUCCCUCGACGCCGCUGCUGACGCCGAGGAGCUCUUCCGAAGGGCCGUUGUCGCUCCCCUUGUGGCACAGGCGCUGCUGGGAGCAGCAGCAGCGGGAGGAGGAGGGGGAGGAGGAGCAGGAGGAGGGAAGCAGCAGCAGCAGGAUCUGGCGCCGUCGUCGCCCAAGUCCCCCUCCUCACCCACCUCAGCUGGAGCAGCAGGCGAUCUGCUGCAAGGCGUGUACGAGCGCAUAGAGGAGGGAGUGUCAGAGGCGUGCCGGUUUGUGGUGGGCAUAGUAGCGUCGGCGGAUGCAGGGCUGCAUGUGUUUCAGUUCCUGGCGGCCAGUGUGCUGAAAGAGGUGGCUGCUGCGCUGCACUGCUCGCACGCUGCAGCCUUUUCACCUGGCCGACCGGCGCAGUUCCUGCUCAACUACAAGGCGUCGCUUGACUUUCUCGCCUUCCUGGAAGGCUUCUGCACGAGCCGUGAAUCGCUCACCUCCUUCCGCGCGCAUCCCUGCUACACGGAUUUCCUCAAGGGGUGGAACCUCGCUGUCUACUAUGCAUCUCGCUUCCGAGAAAUCGCCGGGCUUCUAGACGACGCGCUGGUGCCGCCGCCCGCCAGCUCAGCGGCAGCAGCGGCGCGCAUGGCGGUGCAGAGGGCAGCAGCGCCGGGCAUGGGAGUGGGGCUGCAUGCAUCAGUGGUGCUGUGGGACGCGCUGCAGCGCUGCUGGCACCCCGCCGUCUUCAUCCCCUGCAUCGCCGACAAGUUCCUGCGACUUACCCUGCAGCUGCUCUCCCGGUUUGGCAAGUGGGUGAUGGCAGGAGUGGCAGCGAGGAGAGCAGGGUCAGCAGCAGACAACCCUGGAGGCGAGUGGGGGCUAGCAGCCACACCAGAGGACCUUGCACUGAUGUGGCAUGACCUGCUAGUGCUCUCGUCCAACAUCAGAGCCGCAUAUGUGGGCGAGUUGGUGCAGCAGAUGGGGCAGGGGGUGACAGCGGAGGUGCGGGCGGCAGUGCGGGGCGAGGUGGAGGGUGCAGCGGAUGCGCUUCAUGCUCUCACGGCGCAUGUGGCGGCGCUUCUCUCGGAUAUCACUGCGGAUCGAUGCAUCGAGGUCCUGAGGCCUGUGCGUGCAAUAGCAGCCAUGUAUCGUGUGCCCAGCCGCCCGCCCCCCACCCGCCACUCACACUAUGUACCGGGAGUGCUUCAACCACUCAAGGUUGUGCUGGAGGGUGACAAAGCUCGCGCAGCAGCAGCAGCAGCAGGGGCAGGAGGGGCGGAGGAGGUGUGGAGUGAGGAGAUGAGGGCGGUGGUGGUGGGUCAGGUGGUGGAGCGGGUCACUCAAAAGUUCGACGAGCUCGCCAAGGAGGUCGUUGCCACGGCGCGGCGCACGGAGUCAUCACUGAAGCUGCUGCAGCAGCGGUCCAUGAAGCGGCCCCCGGGAGCAGCGGAUGCAGGGGGGGCAUCUGGCAUGUCAGACACGGAUAAGAUCAUUGGACAGCUCUUCCUGGACGUGCAGGAGUAUGGCCGCAUCAUCCGCACGUUUGGGCUGGAGCCGACAACUGUUGCGCCCUUUGCGUCCUUCUGGAAGCGCCGUCGGCGCGCGAUUCUGAUAACUCUGGGCGUGGUGGGCGUGGGCGUGGGGUCGUACGUGGUGUAUCAACGGCUGCACGCGCGGCUGCUGGAGGACCAGCAGCGCAUCCAACGGCAGCAGCAGCAGAUCCUGGAGGAGGCGAUUCGGGAGGCGGAGGAGAAGCGCCGGGCGGAGGAGGAACGCGAGGACGCGCAGAUCCGAGCGCACUUUGAGAGCAUUCAGCGGAUAGCGGACGCCACCACGCUGCCAUCAGUGCUACCACACCUGCGCACGCAGCUCUUCUCCUCCAUCAACCUCACUGCACUCACCGACGCUCUCUUCUCCUCAAGGCAACACGCCGCUUCUGCUACUGCUGGUAGCGGAGGUGGAGGAGAAGGGGCAGCAGCAGCAGCCCCUCGUGCGCCCUUGAGUGCUCAGGAGAAGCUUCGGAUAUGGGAGGAUCUGAAAGUGCUGAGUUUCUGUCGCACGUUGUGUGGCAUGUGGUCGCUGGCACUGCUCUCCCUCUUUGUGCGUGCACAGCUCAAUGUGCUCGGCCGGCGUGUCUUCCUCGACGCCGCUGUGCGCUCCGCCAGUUCCUCUUCGCUGCAGGACCCACAGCAGCAGGCGCGGAGGAAGCGGCAGCUGCCCAUGCGGUGCCAGCACCAGUUCAUUGCUCUCGCAGACUACCUCCCCCAGAUAGGCCUGCGCGCCCUCACCAGAGACGCCCAGGCCUUCAUUGCUCCCAUCCUGGAAAGGCUUUCCCUUCGUGACAACAUCUCUCUCCCCCAGCUCCUCUCUCUCAUCCAUGACAUCCGCCUGGAAUUUGAGGCCCGAGAUUGUGCCACGUGGCAGCGCUACCUCCUCCCACUCGACAAUUACCUCCCGGCUGACCUGGCAGCUACGUCCCUUGCCGCUGAUGCAUCGGCAGGGAGAGGCGCAUCAGGGCAGGGAUUGGGGGGGAUGGGGGAAGGUGGGGGGGGAGCGAGGAUGGGCGGUGGUGGCGGGAUGGAGGAUGAGGAGGAGCAGGCUCUGCUUGGGGAACUGAUGGAUGAGUUGCGGCAUGUGCUCAGCAGCUAUGAGUUCCAGGAGGCCCUAUCAGCAUCGCUGGAUGCGCUAACAGAAGCAGCACACGAGCAUCUUGCAGCUGCGGAGGACGCACCACGAGGUGAUCCCAUGCUGAAGAAUCCCAUUCACAAGGUGGAAUGUAGCACGGCAGCUAACCCCCUCCCAUCCCCCGACCCCGCCUCUUCCUCCCGUUCUCCACUCCUGCGCUCAGACGCAUCUCAAACAGCCGUGCCAGCGUGGCCGCAGAAGGACGCUGGGCCGUACGGCUCCAACAAGGCGCCAGCUCGGCCUGACGUGGCGCCAUUACCCAGCAGCUACCCCACGGCUGUGCUCCCGUUAGGCGUGCCGGGCGAUUCCGCGCUAGCCGUGUUUUCGUACAACGACCUGCGGGCAGCCACGGAAGGGUUUCGCUCCGAUAAUAGACUGGGGGAGGGCGGGUUCGGUAUAGUGUACAAGGGGUGGGUGUGCAUGAGACCUGGCGUGCGGCCGGAGGAAGUUGCGGUGAAGGUUCUGAACCACGAGGGCCUUCAGGGACACAAGGAAUGGCUGGCGGAGGUGAAUUUCCUGGGGCAGGUGUACCACCCGCACCUGGUGCGGCUUAUAGGGUACUGUGCGGAGGCGGAGCAGCGGCUGCUGGUGUACGAGUUCAUGUGCAACGGCAGCCUCGAGGUCCACCUCUUCCGACAGCACCUGACGGUGUUGCCAUGGAGCACGCGCAUGAAGAUAGCGCUGGGAGCAGCGAGGGGCCUGGCGUACCUACAUGAGGAGGCCACUCGCCCCAUCAUCUACCGCGACUUCAAGACCUCAAAUAUUCUACUGGCAGAGGACUUCUCCGCCAAGCUAUCAGACUUUGGGCUGGCCAAGGACGGGCCGGAGAGUGGCAAGACCCACGUGUCCACGCGCGUCAUGGGCACAUACGGCUACGCUGCUCCCGAAUACGUCAUGACUGGUGGGCGGGCAGGAGGCUUGGGGGCGUGUGGGCGCAUUCCCAUCACUCCUGACUCUCUCUCUCCUGACUUUCCUUGUCACCUGCAUGUCCUCUCCCCAUCACCACCAGGCCAUCUGACUCUGAAGAGUGACGUGUACAGCUACGGGGUGGUGCUACUGGAGAUGAUCACAGGGCGGCGAUCCAUGGACAAAUCCUUCCCGCCAGAGGAGCACAGCCUGGUGGACUGGUCACGCCCCUUCCUCUCCGACCGGCGCAAGGUGUUCCGCCUGCUCGACUCGCGCCUGGACGGCAUGUACUCGGUCAAAGGCGCACAGCACGCCAUGGCUCUCGCGCAGAGCUGCCUGAACAGAGACCCCAAGGCGCGGCCGAUUAUGAGCGAUGCGGUGAAGAUCCUGGAGGCGCUGCAGGAUUUGGAUGACAUGGCGGUGUAUGGUGGGGGAGGCGGGUCCGGGAGGGGCGGGGGCGGAGGAGGGGGGCUUUCGCCGAGUUCUCCAGGAAGUGGUUCGGAGGGUGGGGGGGGUGGUGGUGGAGGUGCUGGGGGGAGAGGUGAAGCUUCAUGGCAGCAGCAGCAAGGAGGGUACUACUAG